GUGUGCUCUAUGGAUCAUGUGCUGCUAUGGAUGCCUGAAGUACUUGACCUGCGGGUUGGGAAGACUCAACCAUCUCCAUGCUGGGCUGGAUUAAGUGCCUGCUGAGGAUGUGGUUUCAGCGAGCUGGGGUCAGCACACAGUCGGUACUAUGGUCUGGCAAACCAUAUGGGUCAUCUCGGAGUACCGUAAGGAAAAUUGGUACCAACUUAUCUCUGAUUCAGUGUCGAAGAGUUCAAUUUCAGCUUACCAGCCAUGCAACAGAAUGGAGUCCCACACACUCAGGAGAAAGUGUGGUCGCAUCUUUUGCUGAUGUUGGAUGGGUAGCCACUGAAGAAGGAGAGUGCUCAAUAAGACUCAGGGCAGAGGUCAGGUCCAAGCCUCCUCUUGAGGAUGACCCUCCUUGCACUGAGAAGCCCCCAAGCAGGCACAUUUCCUUACCAAACUUGUGUCAAGACAAGCCUUCUCCACAGACGACGCUGGCCAGCGAGGAGGCCUUGCAGAAGAUCUCUGCACUUGAGAGUGAGCUUGCUGCUCUUAGAGCUCAGACUGCUAAGAUUGUGAGCCUGCAGGAGCAACAGAGUCCAAGUGCAGGUUGCUUAGAUUCUUCCACAUCUGUUACUGUAGCACCACCUCCUCCUCCUCCUCCUCCUCCUCCUCCUCCUCCUCCUCCUCCUCUUCCUCCUCCCUCUCCCCCUCCACUGGUGCUCCACCAAAGUACAUCUGCUCUUGAUCUGAUUAAAGAACGAAGAGAACAGAGACUCAAUGCUGGAAAGACUUCGGCUAAGGGCCACCCAAAGAAGCCUGACAUACCAAAUAUGCUAGAGAUCCUUAAAGACAUCAACAGUGUGAAGCUACGGUCAGUUAAGAGGUCAGAGAAAGAUGUAAAAUCUAGGCCACUGGAUACUACUGACCCUGCUGCCCUCAUAGCAGAGGCUCUGAAAAAGAAGUCUGCGUAUCGGCAUCGACACAAUAGCCAAGGAGAAGCUGAAAGAGGAAUUCCAAAGUUAGAGUCAGAAGUCACCUCAGAGCCAGCCCUGUUUGGCCUACAUAUAUUGAAGUCUACAGGGAAAAUGAAGGCUUUAAUUGAACAUGUUCCAGACUCCUAAUGGACAAUGAACUCAGAAGGACUCCUGGUCCACCUGUUGGCUUGCAGAGCUGAGUUUGGCUAGUAGAAAUCACCAGUAUUUAGUAAAUUCCUGACUGUAGUA